AUUUUUUACAUUAACUUGAAAUAUUAAACUAAAAAUAUAAAAAAUGGAGCCUUUGAUCUCCAUUUCAUAAAGACUUUAGGUCCAUGGAAGAACAGAGCAACCAAAGGAACCCCAUUUCAGGGAUUUGGUGGUUCUUCGCCAUAGCCACCUGCCUGAAGCUCCUUCUGAUCCCAUCCUACCACAGCACAGACUUUGAGGUCCAUCGCAAUUGGCUCGCUGUCACAAACUCUCUACCAAUUUCGCAAUGGUACUCAGACGAAACCAGCCCUUGGACGCUGGACUAUCCACCUUUCUUCGCUUACUUCGAACGCUUCCUCUCAAUCUUCGCCAAACUCAUCGAUCCCCAAAUUGUCGAUCUCCAAAAGGGUUUGAACUAUAACUCAAAUACUGUAAUUUAUUUUCAAAGAAUUACUGUGAUUGUAUCAGAUUUGUGUCUUGUUUAUGGGGUUUUAAGAUUGACAAGAAAUUUGGAUUCAAAGAAGCGAAAAUCGAUAUGGGUAUUGGUUAUUUGGUCCCCAAUGCUUAUGAUUGUAGACCAUUUGCAUUUUCAGUAUAAUGGGUUUCUCAUUGGGAUUCUAUUGAUUUCACUUUCUUAUGUUGAGGAAGGAAAUGAUUUGAUGGGUGGUUUUGUUUUUGCUGUCUUGUUAUGUUUUAAGCAUCUCUUUGCUGUGGCUGCACCUGUUUACUUUGUCUACUUGUUGAGGCAUUAUUGUUGGAAGAGAGGGUUUUUAAGGGGUUUUAGGCAGCUUUCGGCUAUGGGGACCGUGGUUGUGGCAGUUUUUGUAGCAGCAUUUGGACCAUUUUUGUAUUAUGGGCAGAUACAACAAGUCAUCAGCCGCAUGUUUCCCUUUGGUAGGGGACUUUGUCAUGCAUAUUGGGCACCAAAUUUUUGGGUGCUUUAUAUUAUACUAGAUAAAGGGUUGGCAUUCUUUCUUAGAAAACUUGGUUUCAUUAUUCAAACACCUACAGCUUCUUUCACUGGUGGGGUUGUUGGGGAUUCUUCACCUUUUGCUGUCUUACCUCGGAUCACUCCAUUGACAACUUUCCUUAUGGUUCUCCUUGCUUUAUGUCCUUGUCUAAUUCAAGUUUGGAGAAAUCCACAGCCAAAGAAGAUUACAAGAUGGGUAGCUUACGCCUAUAUGUGUGGGUUCUUGUUCGGUUGGCAUGUGCAUGAAAAGGCUUCACUUCAUUUUGUUAUUCCUCUUGCCAUUGUAGCAGUGCAGAGUAUGGAUAUGGAUGAUGCAAAGCAUUACUUCAUUCUAUCAAUAGUGUCCUGCUAUUCCCUAUUCCCACUUCUCUAUGAAAGUCAGGAGUACCCAAUAAAAGUUGUAUUGUUGCUACUACACUCCAUACUGAUGUGGUUAGGAUUUUCUGCACUAUAUCAAAGUGGUAGAACUGUGAAAACAAGGAAGGAAGUAAAGACAAGUAGUUCUAGUACAUUAGCUAUGGAGGAGGAGGGAGGGUUUAGUAUUGGCUUACUUGAGAAAAGCUAUUUGAUUGGCAUUAUAAUUGUUGAAAUUUGGGGUCAAUUUGUGCACCCUUUGGUUCUUGGUGACAAGUUUCCUUUUAUACCUCUGAUGUUAAUCUCUAUAUAUAGCACAAUAGGAGUUGUGUACUCUUGGAUUUGGCAGUUAAAGUGGAUAGUAACAAGUGUUGGUUCAUAGUAACAAAUUCUCCAUUUUAUUCAAAUUUAUGUAAUUGGUCAACUUAGAACUAGGUGAAUACUUUUCAGAUCAAUUUUUUUGAGCAAUAAUGAUCAUCUACUAUUAAUAUGGUGAUCA